AUGUGCUCCAACAUUAGAAGAUACAUACCAAAGUUGAACCGUGAAUUAAUACCAGCAUUCCGGACAUUCCAUGAUGAGUUUUCAUCGAAGGUCCCGCUAGAGGAAAGCCGGAAGCAGCCAAAAGAUAAACAACCGGUCGGGGUUCCAUCUGCUCGAUCGAUUGCCGCCAAGUACCAAGUUUUUCGAGACACCGAUGCCCCGGUAAUUCUGGACGUAGAUGAGGAAAGAUUACUUCACGAGGCAGGAUUGCAACAACCGGAAAAGAUACAGGAUCUUCCGGACAUGUACAGUGGCAUCAAUUUAUCCCGAGGCAAAAGUGGCGUGUACGAGAUAGAAGAUUUGGUAACCGUACUAAGGCUGAACAAUGCUAUAAAUAUAUUCGUAUGCACAGUACCGAAAGACAUCAAAUAUGUCGACUACAUGUGCAUUGUUUCUGGACGCAGCGUAAGACACAUGCGGGGAAUGGCAGAGUUUGUGCGGAAAGUGUUUAAAAUGAAACGAACCCCGAGCGAUAUUAUUCCUAAAAUUGAAGGAGAAUCAAGCAGCGACUGGAUGGCAAUGGAUCUUGGUAACAUUGCGCUGCACAUUUUCUCCACAAAAGCUCGCGAACAGUACGAUCUGGAAUCGCUCUGGAGUGUUGGAUCUGAGUUCGAUCGAGAGUACAACAAACCGAGUGAAGAAUUGGUGCAAUUGUUUGAGAAGCACACCAUCUAUCUGGACGACUUGAAACCACUGAAAAAAGAAGGUGAAAGAGCGGAAACAUAGGGAAUUAGU